CGAGAGCGGUCACUACUUCACGUCAUACACGUGAUUCGGCAUUUCUUCUGUGCAGCUGUCAAUUGUGUCGUGUUUAGAGUUGGUCCUCUACGCUAAAUCUAAAACCUUUAAAGUGGAUUUGGAGCACUGACGUCUUUACUCAGGGGCUGUUUUUCUUAAAAGGCAACAUGUGGGGCAUUUGUAGCAGAAUGGUCAAGGUGGGGAUGGCGAAACCUUGUGGUAUGGUCAAACCUUGCCAUUUGGUGAAGCCUGUAUCAUCAUCCCGCAUCACUGGGAGAUACCUGAGCCACCAAAAGGGGUUGCCCAGUUUACCUGUGCCUCCCCUGCAGCAGACCUGUGAGCGCUACAUCACUGCCCUGGAGCCCAUCGUUGAGGUGGAAGAGCUGACGCACACAAAGGAGCUGUUGGAUGACUUCCAGAAACCAGGGGGCGUUGGAGAAAGGCUUCAGAGAGACCUGGAGAGCAGAGCAUGCAACACGGAGAACUGGUUGUCAGAGUGGUGGGUGCAAGUGGCUUACUUUGACUACCGUCUGCCUGUGGUGGUCCAUUCAAGUCCAGGGUUGGUUUUACCUUGCAUGCACUUCAGUGACAAGCAGGGACAAAUCAGGUUUGCUGCAAAACUGAUUGCAGGUGUUUUGGAUUUCAAGACAAUGAUAGACAACGAGACCAUUCCUGUGGAGUACCUGGGAGGGAAACCUCUGUGUAUGAAUCAGUACUAUGAAGUACUUUCGUCUUGCCGCAUCCCCGGUGUGAGAAGAGAUUCUGUGGUGAACCAUGCCAAAAGCUCCAGGCCUCCGAAACACAUCACUGUCGUACAUAAUUUUCAGUUCUUCAUACUGGACGUGUACAACAAUGAUGGGAGUCCACUGACAGCUGACCAGCUCUAUGUUCAGCUUGACCGCAUCUGCAGCUCCUCUGUACAGACCAACGCAGAGCCUGUGGGCAUCCUGACCACCCAGCAUCGUGACGUUUGGAGCAAGACCUACGUGAACCUCAUCAAGGAUCGCACCAACAAAGAAUCUGUGGCGGCUAUUCAAAAGAGCAUCUUCACAGUAUGUUUGGAUGGUCCGAUGCCUCAAGUACCAGCGAACGCGUAUCGGAGUCGUGCAGCCGUGCAGAUGCUGCACGGAGGUGGGAGCCUGUGGAACAGUGGCAACCGCUGGUUCGACAAGACGCUGCAGUUUAUUAUUGGAGAGGAUGGGACGUGUGGCGCCAACUAUGAGCAUGCUCCAGCUGAGGGCCCUCCCAUUGUGGCCCUGAUCGACCAUGUUGUGGAAUACACGAGGAAGCCAGAGAUGGAUUCCUCUGACAUUGCGCCUUUGCCCAUGCCCAAAAAACUACAAUUCAACCUCACACCUGAACUCAAGAAGGACAUAGAAGAGGCCAAACGGAGCAUGAAUGUAUUGGCUGAAGAUGUAGAUGUGAAGGUUAAUGUGUUCAACCACUUUGGAAAAAAUGUACCAAAGGCCCACAAGAUGAGCCCAGAUGCGUUUAUACAGGUGGCGCUACAGCUGGCUUACUACAGGAUGUAUCAGCAGUGUUGUGCGACAUACGAGAGUGCCUCCUUGCGAAUGUUCAGGAUGGGUCGCACAGACACUAUCAGAUCUGCCUCAAGUGCAUCUGCUGCCUUUGUAAAAGCCUUUGACGACCCCAACAAACAGAACACAGAAAAAGUGGAUCUAAUGGAGAAAGCUGUGAAAGCACACAAGUUGUAUACAAACAUGGCAAUCAGUGGUCAGGCCAUUGACCGACAUUUACUGGGUCUGAAGAUGCAGGCUGCUGAGGAAAACCUCUCUGUUCCUAAAAUCUUUAAAGACACAUCUUACGCCAAAGCCUUACACUACCGCUUAUCUACAAGUCAGGUACCGUCCAAGACUGACUGCGUCAUGUGUUUCGGCCCAGUUGUACCCGAUGGAUACGGCGUGUGUUACAAUCCAAUGAACGACCACAUAAACUUUGCAGUAUCUUCGUUCAAUACGUGUAAAGAAACAAACACCGCUGAUCUGGCUCGCGCUGUGGAGAACGCACUUCUGGACAUCAGGACACUUCUGGAACAAACUCCAAGAGCCAAACUGUGACGCUUGCAAAAGACUCUUGGUAGAUCCCACUAGUGAGUCAUUGUUUCUUAUCGCUCGCAUGUGAAAACAAAUAGUUAGUAUGUUGAUAAUUAUCAUUAGCAACUUCAAAUGAUGAUGCAAUUCCAUCCAAGAUUUAACUAUCACAUAGUGGAAGGUAAAUAUCCAUCCAUAUUUUAUCGAGAACAUUUCAUUUUUUUUCCCAAGGUUCCUGAGCCGGAGAUGACUCAUUUGCAAUGAUGUUGCUAGGUUCACAUCAUGUGUCAAUUUGUACAAUUUAGGAAAAAAAAAGAAUUUAAGAAAUGCUAAUCAAUUAAAAAAAAAUGUAUGGGGGACCAAUUUAAUUUCUUUGGGACCCACUCAAAUCGCUACUUGUGGGUCCCGGGGACUCACUACAUUGAAAUCUACCAACAUCACUGUAUUUGGGUAACAGGACGGAAAGUAAUAGGCGUGACUCAUCAGCAUGGAAUUAGCAAGUACUGAAUAUAAAAUAUAGCCACAUGGCAUUUAUGCUAAUAGCAUUUUGACACUAAGCACAUUAUAUUGUUUCAAUUAAAUAUUGUAUUUUGAAAAUAAACGAAAAGCCUUAAAGGACACUUUGAUUCAUAAAAACAUAUUUUACAGUGAGUUGUAUUGUUUAUACAUUUAAUUUCCUGAGGGCGCAAAUGGCACUGAUUAAGUUGAAUAGCCCUUGUAAAUAACCAAGUCAACCUGCUGCAAAGGUCAUGUUAAAAGUACCAAAGUGAUCCACUGACAGACCUAAAAAUCACAACAUGAAACUUUACAAAAUGCUUAUUGAAGGAAAACUAAAUGGCGAGGGAAUGAGGGAAAAGCCUUUUUAGAAGUACAUUAUCAGUGGACCGUUUACAGUGUGCUGUUUUCUGACUCGUACUGCACAAUGAACAACAACACACCGACAAACGGCCGAGUGCCUUUUCGUUAAGUUUCAACAUCCCCAAAUCCUUAAAAGGGAACUGCAAUUUUUGGGGGAAUUUUGCCUAUCAUUAACAAUCCAUUUUAUGCAAGAACAUGCAUAUCUUUCUCUUUUUUAUGCAGUAUAAAUUGUACAUAAAAAUUGCUAGUAAGGGGCGGCUAAUAAUGCAUAUAAUGGGAUUAAUCUAUUCUGCCUAUAAAGCCAUUGAAAAAAACAUCCAAAAACCACCAAUAUUACUCCAUUUACAUGUGAUGACCUGCAUAUUAGACAAGCUAUAACAACAUUGUUUCUGCAAGAGCUAACGCCGCAGAACUAUUUUUUGUAACACAGUGCCUUGCUCACAAGAGAGGUAAGCUAGCUACUGAGUUGCUGUUUCUGCUAAUCUCCUCUCAGUAUGGAAACGUUGAUGCUUGAUUAAUCACGCCUCGUACUUGUACGAUAGAGAGUUGUGGUAAUUAGCCGAGAAGUUGGUUUACUUUAAAAUUAAAACGUCAAGAGCCGUAGUCAUCGCUACGGAGACCUCCCAGUGUUGUUUUACCUAAAGAGUGAAGAUUAUACUGAAUGAAUCAUCUGAACGCGGAGCACUAGCCUUGUGCUCAAAGGUACAGCCACCCCAUUAGUCAGUAUCCCAGUAAAAGCAGACAUUAUAAGUAGAGAUGUCCGAUAAUAUCGGACUGCCGAUAUUAUCGGCCGAUAAAUGCUUUAAAAUGUAAUGUUGGAAAUUAUCGGUAUCGGUUUCAAAAAGUAAAAUUUAUGACUUUUUAAAACGCCGCUGUGUACACGGACGUAGGGAGAAGAAGUACAGUGCGCCGAUAAACCUUAAAGGCACUGCCUUUGCGUGCCGGCCCAGUCACAUAAUACCUACGGCUUUUCACACACACAAGUGAAUGCAAGGCAUACUUGGUCAACAUCCAUACAGGUCACACUGAGGGUGACCGUAUAAACAACUUUAACACUGUUACAAAUAUGCGCCACACUGUGAACCCACACCAAACAAGAAUGACAAACACAUUUCGGGAGAACAUCCGCACCGUAACACAACAUAAACACAACAGAACAAAUACCCAGAACCCCUUGCAGCACUAACUCUUCCGGGACGCUACAAUAUACACCCCCCGCUACCUCCUACCCCCCGCCCCCACCAACCCCGCCCACCUCAACUUCCUCAUGCUCUCUCGGGGAGAGCACGUCCCAAAUUCCAAGCUGCUGUUUUGAGGCAUGUUAAAAAAAAUAAUGCACUUUGUGACUUCGAUAAUAAAUACGGCAGUGCCAUGUUGGCAUUUUUUUUCAUAACUUCGAGUUGAUUAAUUUUGGAAAACCUUGUUACAUUGUUUAAUGCAUCCAGCGGGGCAUCACAACAAAAUUAGGCGUAAUAAUGUGUUAAUUCCACGACUGUAUAUAUAUCGGUUAUAUAUAUGUUGAUAUCGGAAUCGGUAAUUAAGAGUUGGACAAUAUCGGACAUCUCUAUUUUGGAUCAUCAAUUGUUCCAAAGUAUUAGUUAUUGGCUCUUAGAAAGUCUGCCAUUAUUGGUGGUAGUUGCAAUACGCCCAACAAAGAAGCUCCGGUGAUUCUUAAAAAGACAAAAAUACGGUAAAUAUCACGUUAUUAUGAAUGUGCCUGUUACUGUAUUACAUAUGCUGUAUACUUAACAGCAUGUAUAUAGAACGUUUUUGGAGAUUUUUUUAGAAGGCUUCAUAGGCCAAAUAUAUCGUAUCCCCAUUACCUGCAUUGUUAGCCACCUUGUACUAGUAGUUUUACGAUUUAGAAUGCACGAAAAAGAGAAAGACGUGUGGUAUUCUCUCACAUAGGGUUUGUAAAUGAUAGUUAAAAUUAAAAAAGAUUCAGUUCCC